UAGUUAUUUAUAAUACUAAUUAUAUGCUUGUAGGUAGUUUAUACCUGAGAAUGACGAACGAGCAUAAAACAAAAUUGUAACUAACUGGUCAUAUAGUCGGCAUAGAUGUCAUUCGUGAAAAACAAUAACGGCCUUUUCAAAAUGAUGUUUUCCAAGCAAAGCACGAUUAUUUUAUCAGUGUUUGUAAUAUUUUCUUCUGUUCGUCUUAUAAAUUGUGCAGACCCUGACCCUGCAGACGUUACCGCCAAACCAAGUGGGUCAGAUGCUGCAAGCAAUGUCGAUGCAAACAACCCCAAACCAGAUCAAGUAAUACAACCUACACCUGCAGUAAAUAUUGUUCCUAAACCUACUACAACACAACAAUCAUCAACAACGCCGAUGAAUGGCUUUAGCCGUAAUACCUUUUGUCACAUGAUUUCUAUGCCAUUUAAUGCCUGCAGGACGUUCUUUGGAGACGCAAUACGAUCAUUUUGGAAAUCGUUUCUAAAAGUCAAGGAUAACAUUAUUUCCAUAUACAGACGACCAGUAACCACUGUCAACAACGUCGGUGGCUGAUUUAUUUGAAAUUUGUUAUGUUAUCAUGUGAUUUGUUAUCAUUAAAAUAUUUAAAGUAACAGACAA